CGCCGCGUGCGUGAUAGCCGAUCGCGAAUUAAAGUGGAACGCUCAGCGUUUUAUCUUGUUCUAUUGCGAGACAUUUUGUAGAGAACUCUACGCAUUCGUGUCCGCUGUUGUCAUUCUCACCGUUACAGUUUCAAUUGUAACAUCUAUUCAAUUGUACAGUUACAGUUGCUCUUAUUCUUCCGUAAUUGUCAUUUUGCUCACUUUUAAUAGUUUCUUAUGAUAUAUAUAUAUAUAAUAUUGUGCCUUAAGAGGGCGGAUUGAACAUUCGAAAGUGUAAAAGAGUUUGGCAUGGAAUUGCUGCUCGAUGUUGUAAUCGUCGUUUGAUUGUGCAGUCGUGAAGUUAUUGUGAUUUGUGAAUGAAAGAGAAGGUGUGAAGUGAAAAGAUGCGAUCGAUGGAAGUGUAAAGUGAUUUAAUGUAAACAUAAAUCAUAUCACGGAAACGUGUAAAGGUGACAUUUAUUGUCAAUGCCUGUCCCCCAUCAGUGAAAAAAAGUAAAGAACACGCAAAAAGAAAAAGAAGGAAAGAGAAAGAAAGGAAGACGUUCUCACGCGAUAAACGUUGAAGCUCCCGCUUUCGUGAUACUGUUACGUGGUGCCCGGGGGGUAAAGAAGCAACGAAAGGAAAGUGAUACGGGAGCCGUGCUCUAUUCGCCGACAUUGCGGUCCGCGGAGGAAGUGCACGCGUUUCACCUGCUGAUCCCGUCGCCGCAGACCAUAGUGUUUUCAGUCGCGUGCCGGAACGAGGACAGGUCAAAAACCACGUAAAGCCACGCUGAUAGUUCUUAGUGAUUCGCUGUUACUUAAACGCGAUUUACUUCAUUAAUAGAUUAUGGAUGAUUAGAUAAAUUCAUAUUCCGGUAAUUAUGCAAUUUAGUGACAAUUUCCCAAUUGCGUUCUCAAUUUCUAAACGGCAAUUGUGAUUUUUGUUUGUGAUUUUCUGAAUGGAUUAUGGAGCAUUUUGUAAUUUAAAGUUGCCCGUGAUAUCUGUGAGCAGAGGUGACUUAAAUUGCAUUAUAAAAUAAUCUGUAGUUAUUGCAAAAUUUAUUGGAGUACUCUUUUGACUUGUACCAAGAAAUAUAUUGCAUUAUCAAUUCAAAUUAUUUAAUCAAGGUACAUAUGUGCAUCGCUAUAAUAAAGUUAAAGUCAGUGAAGUUCAUUAAUAUGAAAUCAUGUAUUCAAAACCGUUCAUUAAUAUAAUAUAAAAUCGAUCGAAAUUCGUGGAUCUAAAAAAAUCAGUGAACUUUUUGAAUGAUAUAACAUCACAAAAGCGACUCUCCCAGUUGCAAACUCUCUCACGUCUCCAAAAAAUUAUCUAAUUCCUCCCACUCGUUGUACUCAAAGAACCCAAGAAACCCACACCGCUGUAUUCUCAAUUUUCCCCAUGAAUCAGCGUCUGUUACCAACAAAUUACUCAGCAAAUUCUCGCUCCCUCCGCAUCGAGGAAAGCAUUUCAUCAUCCUGAUAACCAGAAUCAUUCGCCGAAUAACCAAUAAAAAGCAGCCAGUCAGCGGACAUCCUCUCAGAUACCGACCACUCGACCACUGUAUGCUUAGAAUACCCCGUUUCCGGUUACAAACCGAUCUCUUGAUACAUCUGUCCGACUUAAUUUCUCCCCCAUCACACAACCAAACCAAGGAACUCGACGACGAAAUGCAUUUACGUGAAAGCAUCGGAUGACAUGCCAUUGACGGAACGAAAAUCAUGCAACAAGAAGGAUUGCAAAUGCGUGAUAUGCCGUGAACUGACCAACUACAGGAUGCCUGGUAACCUAGAGGCUCCACCUCGUCGCGAGGGCGUCAACUUCAUCCUGCGUCGCGCCCUGCCUUUUACUAGUAAAUCACCGUCUAAAGAAUGGUUAAAUAUAGGUAAUAGUAUACCCAAUUUUGGUAACCCUAAAGAUGGUACCACGAUAGAAGAAAUUAAUCACAGGGAAGAAAUGGAGGAUACGAUGAUACCGGUAACCGGCUGUAACAUUAAAAAGAGUGACAAGGAGGUAGCUCAUAAGACUGUGAUCUACUUCGGUGACACGAAUCAGAGACCAAAUCACAAAUUCAACGGUAAAGAAUCUUCAGUUCAAUUAACGAACAAAGGCGAGUUAAAAAUAAUGGAGUCGAAGAAGGAAGAGCAAGUUGCUGAUGGUCUAGAGGACGAAAGGUGUGGUGGAAAGGGGCAAAACGAGAGGCAACGGUCCACGGUGAGUUCGGUAGAGGAAGAGGACGUCAAGGUCACGCACGAAAUCGUGGUGAACGUCAGCCCUAGCAGGGAGGACGUGCUGAAGAUCGAGGAGGACGAAAGCCAGGUCGAGGAUUAUUGGUCCUUGCCGGGGGACAACACCGGGUUCAAGGCAGACUGGAGCUUCGUUCAACAGUGGCGCCUGAGGGGACCGGCCGGUGGCAGUGGACGAGAAUUGUACUGUCCUCCAUACUCGAAGGACUUCACGGAAAGUUCUCCAAAAAACGGUGUUCAUAAUAUGGUUCACAUGGUGGCGGAAAGGGACACGGACAGCGUUGCUCCAACGCCAACGCCUCAACAUCCCCAUCACUCUCAACAUUACCAUCUUAGUUUACAUGAAAUUCGCGCGCUUCAGAGGCGACCAGAAUGUACCGGUAAUAGUUCAUCAGAUGAAAAUCGAUCGUCAGGACAUGCAAGCAUGUCGGACACAGGUGGCCACACGAGUAGCAGUUCACCACCGCAUCGUCAUCAUAGGGCACACAGUCCACAGCAGCUGAACUCUGUGCCAGAAGACGAUCGUUUAUCGGCCUCGGUUACUCAGAGAAAUGGCAGGAAUAGAUCUGGACAGAAUCGUAACAGACACAGAGCUACACCCGCUAAGUUACAGGUCCCAUGGUCAGGUUCUGGCUUAGAAGAUAUCAAACUAGCAAUUCAGCAACUUACUAUGCGUUCCCAUAAAUCGUCUUCCACCUACUCCUCCUUGAGCGGAUCCGAGAGUUCAGAACCAGCUGUAAGGAGACUGAUGAGGCACUCUAGCUUAGAAACCAUAAAUACCAACGUAACCAGUGCUGACGAGUUCGUCUGGGUAGACUCUCAUAAUCGGCUGGUAGAGUUACAGCAAUUACCAUGGACGCACCACGACGUCCUUCGCGUGUUGCAAAAUGGUCGCACUAGAGAACACAUGGAGCAAGUCUCUAUGGAAACGAUACCGCGUCUCUCUUACCUGCUGCAACGGGCACUGGUUAGAAUCGGUCGAGAAACUCAGAGACUGGCUAAACCUGUUGGUCUAUGCAGUAAACACGAGGUAUACAGCGCAUUCAAAAUCGUGCUUUGUCCGGCCUUGGCAGAUUCUUGUACCAAGGCGUGCUUGCGUGCUGCAGCGAUGUUCGCCGUAUCUGGCGAUCAGUUAAAGCAAUCGAAAGCAUCUCGAUCCGGGCUACAACUACCAGUGGGAAGAUUUCUUCGUUGGAUGUCUGAUGUACGACUAGGAAGAAUGAUACAUGAGUAUGCAGCCAUAUAUUUGACCGCUGGAAUCGAAAAUCUAUUGGAAGAAAUACUACUACAAUGUAUACCGACUGAUCCCCAUACAACAUUAACUGCAACCAUGUUGGAACAUGCUAUUGCAAACAGUGGAGAUUUAUGGGGUCUUCUGCAACCAUACGCGCAUCUAAAUGCUGGUCGAACGGCAUCAGGUGCACUUGCCAUGCCACGUUGGGCCAGUAUCAGUUCUCUAAAUUCCUCCUCAUCAUCUCGCAGUGGAAGAGAUGCAGCCGGAUCGGCGUUAGAACCGUCGCUUUUAACCACCUGCGUAGGAUCAAUGUCAGAAUUGGUAGAUUUAAUAUCGAAAGUAGCUCAAGCAGGACGUUCACCUAUACCUUUAACAACCAAGGCAUUGAAUGCUCUCUUUUAUUACAUGAGGUGUUCGCAGUUGGAACACGGUGAACGAGGUUCCGGGAUACAAGAACUCGCAUACGAACGAGCGUACGUCGUACUUCCGCCACUGGUUGAAUGGCUAAGAGUUGCGACCGCUCAUGCAGAACACAGGCACGGUCUAGUUGUGGAUCAAGAUGACAUUAAUCAAGCUGCCAGAUUGCUAUUGCCCGGAGUAGAUUGUCCUGUUAGACCGAUAUGCUUCGAGGAAGUUUCAGUCUGCUCGAAGCGCAUUGACGAUUCUGAAUACAUCCGCCUCCUAACUAUGGAUAUGGCCUUCAAAAUGCUAACAAGCGGUCGUGCAGAUUUAAUAGCUCAAGCCAUGCCUCUUUUACCAUCGACAAAGAUCAACACUGUGAAUGAUAAUGGCUUCACUGCUUUAAUGAUAGCGUGUAUAAACAGUGAUGAAACCGCUGUUCUAGCAUUGUUAGACGCUGGCGCUGAUUUAAACAUCGAAAGUCCACCUCCAUCCACUGGACAAUCAGCGAACACACCUUCCAAGACUCCAGCAGCUCUAAAUGUAUCAAAUGCUAGAAAUCCAAUGACGUCAUCUGCUGUAAUGACUCCAGGAAAAAAUGUGCAGUCUUCAAAUUCGUCUUCCAGUUCACCUAGCGCCUCUAGUAACGUUUCUAAUAGUACAUUCUGUAAUCAGUCUGGAUUCAAUGCAGAAACGCAACAUUGGACUGCUUUAACCUACACAGCGUUGUUAGGACAUUGUAAUAUUGCUAGAAUAUUGUUGGAGAGAGGUGCAGCUGUUGAAGGUGGGGCUAAAUUGAGCGAAGAUAAAUCUACGGUUACACCAUUGCAAGCGGCUACGGCAUCUGGCAAUUAUGAAAUGGUUGCACUUCUUUUGGCUCAUGGAGCUCAGCCGUUUUUAUCUACUUUGAUAAAAGAUUCAUUUUCGUACUCUGGUUCUGCUCAGCGGGGCUGUUAUAGUGCAAUAUCAGUAGCAACAGCUCAUGGUCAAAGGAGUUGUCUUCAUCAACUGUUGUCUCACCCAUUAAACUUCUCUGCUAAACGAGGAGAAAAAGAAGUAUUGUCAUUAGAAGAAAUUUUGGCAGAAGGUAGUGCCGGUACUAGUCCUCAACAACAAACUGUAGAUGGAAGAGGAAAUAGAAGAGAAGGCAAAGAGCCAGUUUUUAAUAAAGUUCAAACUAAAGCUUUACAAGAAGCAAUGUACCAUAGUGCUGAAAGCAACCACUUAGAUAUCACGAUGGAACUUCGUGGAUUAAAAGUGGGUUGGACGUUACAUUGCUGGAUGCAUAGUCUUGCAACAGCUCACGAAAUAAGAUUAGAUUCGGUAAUAGAUCAAUUACUUCAAGAUUUUCUCCAAGUUUGCCCAGAUGACUAUUCGACACAAUUCGUACAAGAAUGUCUCCCAUUGUUGUUUAACAUUUUUAGAUAUAGUAAAAAAGAAGGAACGACGCUUCUCCUCGCGGAUAUUUUCUGUACGUGCUUUGGAUGGGAACCAAUAAAACCCAUUCGAGAUACAACACUUUCUAGUGGAUCCAGAAUAGAUCCCAAGUUUGUAAAUAAUCCAGAAUUAAGCGAUGUACAAUUCAGAGUGGAGGGCAGAGUCUUCUAUGGCCAUAAAAUCGUUUUGGUCACAUCGUCGCCGAGAUUUAGAAAUAUGUUAAGUUCAAAACUAUGCGAGGGAAAUCCUCCUAUUGUACAAAUUAACGAUAUUCGAUACCACAUUUUCCAGAUGGUUAUGGAAUUUCUAUACCAUGGUGGUUGUGCUACGUUAGAAGUUAAUCAAAGUGAUGUUCUGGAGUUAAUGGCAGCUGCAAACUUUUUCCAAUUGGAUGGAUUACUUAGGUAUUGCGAGGCACAAUGUUCUUCUAUGGUUGAUCUCGACAAUAUCGUUUCUAUGUAUAUUCACGCAAAGGUUUACAACGCCACGCAACUUUUAGAAUAUUGUCAAGGUUUUUUACUACAAAAUAUGGUCGCUUUAUUAACUUACGAUGACUCAGUUAAACGUUUAUUGUUCGCUAAGAAACUGCCUAAUCACGAUGUUCUCGCAGGCCUUCUUCUCACUUUACAAGCAAGAAUAAAAGCUAGACGAUCUCAGCAACAAAAUAAGAUAAAAGCUUAGAGAUACGUUAAACAUCAUGCACGGUAUUUAUAUUAGCAUCGUCAUUAUCAUUUUACUUUCGCUAUCGUCACUUGUAGUGUAAACAUAUCUACGUAUGUUUAAAUGACAUCAUUUAUGAAAAAGACCCGUAAGCGAACUAAGACUGAGUUUUUCAUGACUUAUUUUUAAGUUUUUUCUAUCGGUUAUUCAAAUAUAAAUUAUCAGCAAUACUUAUUGAUUUAAUAUUAAUAUCUUAGCAUUUCAUUCAGGAUACUAAUGAACCAUAAAACUUACGUUUCUGUUAUGCAUUUGUUUUAUUCUUGUAUAGUAUUUCUAGUUUAAGUAUUUUUUGUAAACUACGUGCUAUAAAUGUACAUUAGAUACUAUUCGAACUAUAUAAAUUACUGUUAUAAAUGAAUCCCAUGCGUACACACUAAUUAAAGUAUUAAUUCUUUUUUAAAUUAAUUUGUUCAGCACAAAUUUUUAAAUCAUGUAAAUAUAAAAAUAAUUAUAAUAGAGCAUAGAUGGUGGUAUAUGCUGUAAGCUUUUAGUGACAGCAAGCUAUUAAUAUAUAUAACAAAUGAACAAAUGUAUUUUGUAUAUAAAACAGGCUGGACAGUUUAAACGCGAUAAAGAAAUGAUAGUGCAGAAUAUUCAAAUGUUAUCUCAUGUAUUGAUAAUACAACAUAAUUUGUACAUCUCGGUUGCAAUAAAUUAUAAAUAUUGUGAUAAUGAAAACAUUAAAUGAUAAUUGUU